AAAGAAUGUCAAAAAUCCAGGCGCGCCAUUGUUCGCGCAAGACUUUUUCACAAUUUUUCUUGAUCUAAACACAGAUAUUAUUUUCUUCGAUUUAGCGGUGGAAUUAGAAAUUAUCAAGAUUUUCUAAAUCACUAUGGGACUACCGGGCAUGCCGGAGGACAAGCUACCAUCAUGUUGGUCGGACGACAUACGAAUGAACGCUUUAUUCGCACCAUUCCGAAUAAAGGCUGCUAAUCCGGAAUCAUGGGAUAUGAAGAUGAAAUUUUGGUCCGAUAUGCUCAGGCAGUGGUGUAAAUGUAAGAAGGAUCCAAUAGUGUCUGCAGCCGACUUCAAAUUUGCCUUUCAGCGUAAAGGCAGAACACCAGCGUGUAUUGAUAUUGUCAUUGAAGAACUGUUGCGCAACGGGGACCUGUGUCCUGUCUCAAAAUACCAGCAAAUCCUUCACAACGGACCGGAGGGCUGGGUUCGUUGGGGUGCACGUUUGGCAUUCAAACCGGCUGCGUUUGCUCUCACUGCAGUAUCAUCACUACUACCUGGCCGGCAAACUCUGGAUAAUGAUGGCUUACCGAAAGCUAGCAUUGACUCCACUCAGAGAUUUGUCCUGGAGAGUGCUGUAAAGGACCAAGCUAUGGAAUUGUUGAACACCUACCCAUCGGACAUCGAACGCAUCGGCACCAUCGACGAGUUGAUGCGCCAUUGCGAGUGGCAACACGGCAGGGAGACCUUCGAACUACUGCUAGGGUACUUGGUCGCUCAAGGGUACGCUGUGAAGAAAGAUGACGUUGUUAAACUAGCUAACACCGACAAGAAAGUAUCACCGGUAACCGAAACAGAUGAGGCCAUAGUGAAACUGAUGUCAGCGGAGAGUCGAUUGGAGGCCGAACUGUCCAAGUUGCUCAGAGACGCUUCAGCUGCAGAGAAUGAUGCCAGAGCUGCUUUACAGCUGGGGAAUAAGUUGGCUGCCAAGAACCAUCUACGAAAAAAGUUGAAAGCCCAACAGCGAGCAACUCGAUGUGAAUCUACUCUGGAUAACGUUCGGCAAUUGUUGCAACACACGAGGGAUUCUCAUGUCAAUGCUGCCAUUGUGGACACUUACAAAACUACAUCGCAAGCCAUGAAGAGAAACCUGAAGGAUAACAAUAUGGACGAAGACGCUGUGCAUGACACAAUGGACGACUUGAAAGAGGUAAUGGAGUCGUACAGUGAAAUUGAAGAGGCUCUCAGUUCUGGCGCCACGGAAUUCGACACGGCCGAUUUGGAACAAGAAUUGAAGGAACUUUUGGCCACGCCGCCUUCAAAGCCGAAAGACACAAAGUUUACGCCAAAGGAGAAAUCCAGAAAGGUUUCCGAGAGAGAUUUCGUAUUCGACGGCGAGGCUAGAGUACUGGCCGAACUGGACCAGUUAGACGUAGAGAAUGGCAGUCCGAGGGAGAAGGACGGCACGCGUGCGAGAGAGACGGCACGAGUCGCUAUACCGGAAGGGGUGGAGGGGGGUGAAAACCCUGUACCUAAGCAGUCUCUGAAGAAACCAGCCCAGCAGUGGUAUCCACCGAUCUCCAACGUUCUCCGGCCCGAGGAAGCGUGGGCUGAUAACAAUCUGAAUUCGUUGGAUAGCUCGCUGGACAGACUUGCCAGCAGCUUCGGGGAACUGAGGACCGAUGACAGAUUACAUCCAGGUCAACCGCUGAACGUGGACUUCACCACACCCCCGAAGCUGUACAGCUCGGAGUUCCAGGUUCGAGACCACAAAUACUCCGGUGGAGUGUGGUUGUACAGUAACCGGGACAAUAACCCGAACAGCGCUACGAGGGAUGCCAAUAGUAACGUGGACAGCGAUCUGACAGCCAGCACGGAGUAUUUCAGUUCGGAGAGCCCAGGCAAAGCCGGAGGUUCCUUCCAAAUGGCCCCCGGUGGUGAGAGGCAAAGACGGGGAGAGUGGCCCCAAGAGAAGUCCGUAGAAGAUAUCGAGAGGAGACUUAAAAACCUGCGUGGGUUCAACUUAUAAUGGCAGUGGUUGUGGUGAAUGCUAAAGUGAAAACCAAGUGAUUAAAGUGAUACAGUGUUUUAAUAGUGUACAGUGAACAAAGUGUUAUAGUAAUGGCACAAUUCCAUUUGGUCGUAUGCCCGAACACGAUUGCCUAUGAAAUUCGAUCAAAUGACUAAUGGCGCAAUGACAUUGGACGUUAGCCCGUAUUCGGGUGCACGAAAGACAUUACUCGAAUUUGGGCACCCGAAGCAAUAUUUACACUGGAAAACGGGCUGGAAGACAGUGUUGGGUAAACAAAAGGUAAUUUACCCGAGUACGGUCAUACUCGAAUCCUUUCAUUUACACUUACUCGUUUACCCGAAUUCCAUUGGCAAUCGUAUUCGGGCUAACAACCAAUUGUUAUCGCGCCAUAAAUGUAAACGCACGGAGUCGAGUGUGCCUGUAUUUGGAAAGUUGUUAUUUUGAUUAAUCAGCGAUGUUUUGCAGACCGUGUUCGAGUAAAAACAAUUUAUAUAUUGCAUCAUGUGAUUACGAGUAAUUUCUUUCAUGCACCCGAAUAUGGGCUAACGAUCACGUGUAAAUGAGGCUUAAACACUUUUUUACGGACUUAAAACGGGUUUGUUUUAAUUUAACACAGAACCUGUAAAAGGCCCAAAAACGUUGUGUAUAAUGUGAAUACGUGUUUUAUUAAGGUGCACUUGCAACAAAUUUGCUAAAUCUCAAUUCAAGUAAAACUAAUUUCCACUUCCACUUCCACUUUGGGUAUUAUGGCUCCAUCGUUAUGCACGAUGAUUCUGCCAAUGUCAGGGUUAAGAAAGGCACUGUUAUAUGGUACUCUUCUUUGUACGGUGUGGUAGCCUGGUUUCCUCGUGGAGCUAUCGCGUGGAGUUGAGCUUCUAGAAUAAGACAACACAUAUAUCAUCACAAGCGGACAUGUACCCAAGCAUACAAAUUGUUAGUGUCUUUAUUAGUGUAGUAAAGCAUUGGAAUUGGAUUGUAAGAGAUGACACGGCAAAGUAUAUAAAUAGUUUGGACAUCAUUAAGACACUGUUGUUAAAAAACUAGUUUAAACCCAUUGAAAAAUGACAAAACGUCAAUGUCAGUUUGACAUUAUUGUAUUGACUAAAUUUAGUUUUAGUUAUAUUUUUUAUUUUUUAACCAUGUAACUGCUUGAUGUUUAAAUCUAAAGAAAAUAUAACUAGAAAAAAAUCCUCGCGGGCCAGGCAGCAGACGGUACUCGAACCCGCACCCUUCGCUAUCUGGGUGAAUGAACUAACCAAUUAUGCUAUCGCGGCAUUGAUGGCCGUGUCGAAAUUCUUCUAGCCAUUCUUAAGCUGUAAGGCAGCGCCAUCUCUUCGCAUUGUAGGUAACCCACAAUUAGAAAAAAAAACUUAUUUUUUCUAGUUAUAUUUUCUUUAGAUUUAAACAUCAAGCAGUUACAUGCUUUAAAAAUAAAAAUAAUAACUGUAAUUGCUAUCUCUUCUUUAAAACGUUUAAAGAAGAAUUUAAUGAAGAACAAACUUUUACUUGUAAAAGUAUUCAUUUGACAUUGUGGGUUACUUACAAUGCGAAGAGAUGACGCUGCCUUGCAGCUUAAAAAUGGCUAGAAGUAUUUCGACGCGGCCAUCAGGGCCGCGGUAGCAUAAUUGGUCAGUGCAUUCACCCGGAUAGCGAAGGGUGCGGGUUAGAGUCCCCUCUGAUGCCUGGUCCGCGUGGAUUUUUUUAGUUUUAGUUCGACCAGCAUAUUUGCUCAAUGAAAAAUUCCAUUAAACUAAAACCAGAUUUAACCCAUAGAAAAUGUCUAAACGUCAUAUCAAUUUUGCAAUAUUGUAUAGGUUAAAUCUAGUUUUAGUUAAAUUGAGAUUUAGCAAAAUUGCUGCAAGUGGAAGUUAAUGUGUUUGGUGUGUGUGAAAACAUAUGAAAUAAUUAACUUAAUACAGAAGGGCUUAAUAAAAAACACGAGUCUGUUUAUUGAAUCAACUAAUCUAAUUUUAACAGCCUCCCAGAGCUCAGAGACAGAAACAAUAUAUUUUAGUGCCAUCGAUUGUGUAAAUUCAGAUAUAACUAAUUAUUAUAUUUGUCUGUUUAUAAAUUUAGAUAGUUAAUUCUAGUAGUAGUGUAUAUAUGAUGUGUUCUGCCAUGCUGGGUGUCUCAAAUGAUUGCAUAUGUUAUUCAAUUUUGUAUGUUAAGAUUUUAUAUCCUUUUUUGAGAAAGUCAUACUAACUAUGAAUCAAACUGAGUACCAUUAUUUAAUGGUAUUUAUCCUCAGAUAUAUCACGGAUAUACACUUUCAGACACAUCUGUCGGCCCACCCAACGUUACAAGCUUCAACGGUAUGUAGUAAAAAUAUAUGUUAGGUUAGGUUUGAGAUAUAUAUAUUCUUGUGAUAUAUUAUUUUAUGGUUUGAUUUUAUUAAGAAUUUGAGUUAUUAUUUUAAUAAUAAUAUCUAGAGGGGGUUAUAUAAGACAAAUUUUUAUCCUGAUUUUUGUAUGUUUAAUCUAAUUAUAUUAUUAAUUAUGUUACUUCUAACAUUUAAAAACACAGAAUUAAUAAAAAAAAAAACAAAAGAUGGUUCAUUAGUCAGCUGCAAAACUGAGUAAAAACUUUUUGCUCAAAUGGACCAUUUCAUUUUAGCCAUCUCCGCUAGGUGGGCCGAUAGGUGUUCCUGGGAGUAUAUUUCAAUAAAUUAUUAAUCUUACAAUUGCUCAUAUAAAACUUGUUAUUUACUUGCUUGCUGUAGAGCUUAAUUAGAUGUAAUUAGCAGUCAUAUUGUUUUAAAACAUGCAAUAUUUUUUCCACAAACAUUAAGGUCAUCAAACUCAAAUAUUGCACCUAAUAUAUAACAGUGAAAUUUACCAAAAAAAAAAAUUAAUUAAAAAAAUGAUAUUUUUUUUUGCUUAAAAUCCAUUUCUAUUAUCACACUAUUAAAUGAAUUGCUUUUACACCAAGACUUUAGGAUUACUGACUGAACUCAGACGAGUUAGUCGGUAUGGUUGACAUAUUUCCAUUCCAGGGUAUUUGAGAAGUUUUAGAAAACGAUCUCACGUUAUUGACUAAUGUUUAUGGAGUCCGUAAAAAGUGGAUAUUCAUCAUUCUGUUGUGUAUUUCAGUAAAAACAACCAAAUCAAAAACUCCAUUUUCAAUUUGCCGCGAAAACGUUUUUCUGGGCAAUAUGGCGUCAUACUAGUGUGUGACGUUACACGACUGUUAUUGAAACGUCAAACGAUACAAUGUAAUGUCACUUUACACCGGAAGUUUACUUGCGUUUUGGGUCACGUGACAAUAGAUAAGAAGUCUUUGUUUGAACUUUCUAGUUUUUGUUUGAGACAGCCAGUACAUGAUAUUCGUGUAAAUAAUUAUGACUGAUAUAUUGUAUCUAGAAUAAAUACACGCUUUAAUUAUAAUGUUUUGUAAUAAACAAACCUUAAUUAAAAUAUGGUUAGUUAGCUUUCAAAUUAUAAAAAUUAAUCAUCGAAAAAAAUUAAUGAGCAUAAGCUGACAUUAACCAUAUUAUAGUUAAAAAGUAAAUAUUUAAUAAAAAAAAAAUAAAAACUGAAAAUAUUUGUUAAAAAAAUGACAAACCUGCCUUUUGUAAAUACAACCAUAAGUUUUGUCAGUAAGGUUGUUUUUGCCUUAUUGCUUUUGUCAAUGCCGAGAAUUAAAGAAAUUUAAUUGGUAUUCCAGCAAAACGCUAUAUUUUGUCUUGCAGAAUUUUGUCACAAUAUCAACCAAAGACUUGAGGAAAUACUUAUUUACACUACGAAUGUUUCUCUUUAAAAACCGGUAAGAACAAACAAUCCUUCUGUUGUGACGACGAAUGCAAUUUCAACUUAGAUUAAAAUAAAAUGGGAAGAUACGGCACUCGCGGCUUAAAAAUGUACCGCUGAAAUUGUGGGUGCAUGACCACAAUUCGCUUUAGUCACAAUUUGACAUCCAAGCACGCUGCAUGUGCACUCUAUCUAUACAUAUAAUAAAAUGGUAGGGAAGUCAAAACUGUACAUUGAAUAUUUUUUUAAAAGAAUACUUGGGGUGUGAUCUACAAUGGAUACCGAAGCCAAAAAUAUAGUUUUUAGAAUAUUUGUCUGUUUGUCUGUAUGUAUGUCCAGGAUAAACUGAAAAAGUUUUCUUUGUCUAACAGGUAGUUUAUCAAAAAGUAUUGGACACUUAUUAUUUAUUUAUUCAUAGAAGCAAAACAUAACAGAUUUAUAAUGUUGAUUUGAAAUGUUGCAUGACGUCACGUCUUGGUUCAAUUUUUACUUAGGUGUGACAUCACGAGCUCCCACUCCCAAACUAUGAGGCGCUAUAUCUUUGUAUUUUUUUUUGACGAAAGAAAAAAUAUGUGUCCUUUAUUUUUUGACAAUCGAACUAACGGACUAAAUGGACUCUGUUUACCUCCCCUGGUCACUAUUUGGGGAUUUCAAUAUUAAGAAAAAAAAAACUCGAGUCUUUGGCUGUGUACAAAAUGGAUUUUAAGAAAUCGAGUUUGUCAAAACUGGUUGUGUUUUAUAGAAUCACUCGGUAAGUUUUUUUCUACCUCGUUCUUCUUUUUGUUGAGAUUGUAAAGUUAAUGUCAUGUAAAAUAUGAACAAUAAUAAAGAACAAUUUAAUAACCAAAGGAUCAUAUUAAAUGAAUUAUGUGCAUAUUGCAUAUCGACAGUGGAAAAGUAAAAUAUCUUAAACGCUACUUUAGUAGCUUUAUAGAAACGAGGUUAAUUUAAAAUAACAAAGUUAUUUUUUACAAAAGAACAAAUUAUUAUAUAAAAACAUAUUCAUAAAAUAAUCACACUAGAGUCUGUGCGGAAAGAGAAUGGGCGUGGUGAAAAACGGAACUAACAUUAAGAUUUUUAUUUGGCAAUCAAACCCAGUAAUCUGUAAAACGUCAAAGUUUUGUAUUGAUACGGGUUUGUUUGUUGUGUUGUGAUUUCUUGCGGUUUUUUGUAUUUAAUCAUGUCUGAAAGGGGUAAAACCUUACAAAUACGGUAGAAAAGCACUACAGCGCCCUCCAAUCUAAAUCCCAUUCUCUUUCCGCACAGACUCUACAUGGUAACAAUCCCGUAAAUAACGUAUAUUACUAUAAUGUUAGUGACCAUGAAAGUUUAAAACCAAAAUAUAUAUCGCUUCAGUGUUGUGAACAAUAAAAAUCUUAAAACAAUUUAUUUGUUAAAGCGCCAAAGAAAGUACUCAAAUCUUCACGAAACAAACACAUGGACGAAGAAAUAAAAUCUAAUUAAAAUGAUAUAUUUAACUUUCGACCAAAGUAGCGCAUAAAUAAAUUUGCCUUUCCACUGCCGAUAUAUAUAUAUUUAUAAAAUAACAUGAUUUCAAUAUAAAAAUAUUAGUUAGCACUGUGAAAAUUAGCAAUGCAAUAUAUCAUACAUUAAAAAAUGUAAAUACAAUGUGUAAAUAGGUAGUUAGGAUAAAUUAAUCAAAUUAUUAUGAAUUAUGAUCUUUUAAGAAUAGCUUGGGUAGAGGUGACAUUUGUGUACAGAAAAAUUACUUUUAUGGCUUUUGGUUAAAGCUUUUGUUUGUAUACACCCAAGAUACCGUGUUACCGUGAGGAAUUCGAUGGCGCGGGUGGUCAGCGCGUUCGGCUGCGAUCGUUGAAGUUAGGCAACUUUCGCAGUGGUCAGUCAUUGGAUGGGUGACCAAAAAUCUUCUAUCUCAAGUUUCUCGGAAGGCACGCUAAGCCGUUGGUCCCGGCUGCAUCUGCAGUCGUUAGCAACCGCCAAUCCGCAUUGGGCCCGCGUGGUGGGCCAUGGCCCAAUCUCCCUAUUCCAUCCAUAGGGAAGGCCUGUGCCCCAGCAGUGGGGACAUUAAUAGGCUGAUGAUACCGUGUUAACUACGCGGAAGCGGCAAAACAUAAAUAUCUCUUAUGGUAGCCAUACACACUAUGAGAAAUCGUUACGAUCAGAUUGUACAGUUCGAACGGAACAGUAUAUCGUACGUGGCGUACGUAUAGGAAACUGUGCAGUUUUAUAACAUACACGCUACGAUUUAUCGGUACCGUUCGAACUGCACAGUCUAAUCGUAACGAUUUUUCGUAGUGUGUAUGGCUACCAUUACAUAUGGUAGAUAUGCUCGUCGCACACAUUGACUGCUUGGAUACAAUCUGAUAUUAGAGUCACUCACACAUUGCUCGUAACAUAAGCCUCUUUCUUUUUCGACUUAUUUGUAUUGCUCUUUGUAAGCGUAUAAAUAAUUAUAAUAAAUAUUUCCAAAACUCACACCAAUUAGCCUAGUCCCAAAGUAAGCACUGUAGGCUUGUGUUAUGGGAUACUAGGGUAACAGAUAGAAUACAAAUAUAAGUAUGUUUACAUAGAAAUACAUAUUAAACAUCUAUGAGUGGAGUACAAAUGUUCGUAUUCAUCACACAAACAUCUGCCUCCACCGGGAUUCGAACCCGAGACCUCUUGAAACUCGGCAUACAAACCAUUCGGCCACGGAAGACGUCAUAAAGUUCGCAAAAUCUGUUUUGCGAUUGCUGCGCGAACUUUUUUCUGUUUUUUGACGACCGACCUCCAUGGCCGAAUGGUUUGUACGCCGGGUUUCAUGGUGUCGCUGACUCGAGGGGUCCCGGGUUCGAAUUCCGGUGAAGGCAGAUGUUUGUGUGAUGAAUGAUGAUGUUGUUUAAUGUGUAUUUCUAUACAAAUAUAUUUGAUAAUUAUGUAUUUUAUCCGUUACUCUAGUAUCCCAUAACACAAGCCUUACAGUGCUUACUUUGGGGCUAGGCUAAUUGGUGUGAGUCUUGCAUAUAUUUAUUAUUAUUUAUGUUAUCAUUAGGGUUUAUUUUUCUAUAAUACACGCAAAUGUUACCCUACCUUUUGCUAUGUGAAACAGGCUUAGAUAAACGAGUCUGAGAUCUAUCGUCCAUGACUUAAAUGUGUAAUUCAUUUAUCACCUCGGCACUAUCAAGCGACGCGCUACUCAAAAAGAAUCAGACGCCGCCGUAUCCGAAUAAGUAAUACUAGAAGAAAUUCGACACGGCCAUUAGGGUUUCGGUAUCAUAAUUGGUUGGCGCUCGAACUGCAGAAUGAUUUUUUUUCUAGUACAAGUUUUCUUUUGAUUAAUAAUUAAGAGUAUGCGAAAAAGUUACAAAACAGGCGUCUGGUUGGUGUUCGUGAUUUUUUUUAAAUGGCCACAAGUAUCGUAUACUCUUUUAUAGCAAGUGUGACAUAAACCCGCCCCGGACGCGGGCAAGAGGAGGGGGAUGCGAUUAGUGUUUUGAAAGUAAAAUUCAUGUAUUGCAAUCACAAAGAAUUGCAAUACAGACUGCAAGUCAAACUCUGAAAAGAAAGAAUUCCGGUUCAGAUUACCAUUUUGAAAGUAUAUUUCAAAAGGAAAAAAUCAAAUAUCAUUACAACAAAAUAGAAUUUCAAUGUAUCCAUGAACGUUUAUUCCAUGAUUGGCAUAGUAAAGUUAAGUUACACGUAUCGUAAUGUACUAAUUCUACAUGAGUGAAGUUGGUCAAUUCAUUUACACACCGUGCAGAAAUAGGCAACUUAGGUCACGGAAAAGUGUGCGUAAAGUGCGGGUUUAGGUCACACUGUGCUAUAAAAGAUUUUUUGUUUUGCCUACGUGUUGCCUUUAGUUAAUUAGCAUACUGAUUACAAACCGUAUAUGUUUAAUUUUAACAUAGUUAUGUGUUAUGACCACAGACCAUGUAAUCUUAAAAGUUAGCGCGUAAAUUGCGUGAUAAUUUUGUCUAUGGGUCGAAAAUAGACUAAGCAAAUUGUGGCUUAAAAACCUAAUCAACAGAUGCCGCUCGGUGCUGAGGCGAUUAAAUUAAUUAUUAAGAAACAUGUAUAUACAUAUCGCAGUUAACAAAUGUAAGCUGUUACUUAAAUAUUUUAUUUUUUAUAUUAUUAAACAUUUUGGUGAAAAAUGUUUAUUUUUUACAAGGCUGUGAAGGCGCCUUAGCGGAUUUAACAAUCAAGCAAUGCUUCGUGGUUAGUGCCAAAUUUUUUUUUAUUAUAUUAUGUCAAAAGGCCGCGCUCAAAGACGUCAGGUAAAUUUAUUGCAAUGCUUGUCUAACUGAAAAUUUAAAUGACGUCAUUGACUGAGUUUGAGUGAGUCGUUUUUAUUAGAAAUGUAUUUCACAAAUUGUUAAUUAAACACUGCCCAUAAUACUUUCUUUUUACGAAUCUUGACUAUUUAAGAUUUGUCUAUGACACAAGUUUACAUUUAUUAUCUGUGCACGUAAUUAUAGUGGAUAACUUAGAGGUAAAGUUGAGAAAAUUAUCUAAAAAAAAACAAAAAAAAGUUAUUUUACGUUUUUGGGUUAUGAUAUUUUUUGUGGUUGGAUGUGUUAUUUGUUACAAGUGCCUUGGUAUGAUUCUGUUUACUUGAUUUGACCAUUUCCUAUAUAUUAAUAAUUAGGUCAUUACUCAUUGUCAUUACGAAAUAUUAUUUAAGAAUUAUGUGCUGAAAUGUUGUUUUUUUAUAUGUAAUUAAUAAAAAAAAUGUUGUAGAUGUCUUGUAUAUAUUAUAUUUAUACGAAGUGCCGUCGUUUGUUUUAAUUAAAUUUUUGAAGUGAAACUCCUUUAGGUACACUUUACUUGGGGGGUAAACUGGCGAAUGUAUAACGGUUAUGCGUUACGAUUAGUGUCAUCGGUGAGUUAUCGGUAAACAAUGAACAAUACCCGUCACAAAAUACAUGAAUCUAGUGCUAACUUACAUGUUUACUUGAUUAACUAUUGAAAUAUGGUUUUGAAUUAAUUACACGACGUAAUUUAUCAAUAACAAUAUUUUACUAUUAAUUGAGUCGUAUAGUAUCAAAGGCGGCAAUGACGCCCUCUGGUUGAGCCGACCCCCUCAGGUUCGAGUGGUCUAGAGGCUCCAGGCGGAGAGGAGACGCUCCCCGUGGGGAGAUGCCAUCCGCCUGGAAUACCUCUAGAGGCACUCGCCAAUUCUCGGUUUGAGGUCCCCUUAGGAUCUCGCCGUCCCCAAACCCGGUGACGCUGUAAAGGUCACCUGCGACUAACGGCAUACACACUCAAACAAAAAAAAGUGUUCCCGGUGUAAUCUCACGUUCGGACGUGGACACGGUUGAAAACCAUUCCUAGGCAUGGGUAGAACCCGUUAACAAGCGCCCUGAGGGAUGUUUAAGAGUGGACGCGGGCUGAGUUUAUAAGCAAUUUUUUAUAAGCGAAUUCUCAGUAAAAAUUGCAAAAUUCGAGAUUUUGCUCUCGAUGUUUUCUCCUCGAAAAUAAAAAAAAAAGAUAUAUAUAAAUGUACGAGACGACCGCCUUACGAACGAAGCGAGAAGAAAUAAAGUUUACGUCGAAAAGAGAUUGAUUUGUAAAAUAUGUCUAUAAUUUCACAUGUAACGGAUGUGUACAUUAAGGCACUUUGCAGACGACGGGGCGGGGCGGGCCGGUCAAUUUUGCCGCGAAUAAUAGCACAAAGUGAAUCCUAUACUUCAAACGCACACAGAGGGCAAAUAGACCGCGCCUUGGGUGCCCGGCGGGCACUGGCGGCGCGGCAUGUCCGCGGCUGCCCGCCGUGGAUCAUACAAACCAGUUUAUAUGCAGUAACGCAGACGACGGCGCGGGGCGGUCAGCUCAGUCCGCGCCGCGCGCUUAUUAGUGAUGGAAUAUUCACUAGAACGAACGUCCUGAAUUGACCGCCUCUGCCCGUCGUGUGCUUUGUGUACGCGGCGCGGGCAGCCGCAGACAUCGACGGGCGGACGCGGUCUUUAUUGCUUCGCGGACAAAAUGCCCGCCCC